GAACAAAAAAAAAACGAAUUUUCUUUCUACAAUGGGAGGAAAGUUGACAGAGAAAGACAUGGACCAGCUGGAACAAUGGAUAGGUACAGGUCCUAAAACAUUUACACUGCUCUAUGCUAUUACAACAGAUGGAUGUAAUGCUACAACCUUCCAUCAGAAAUGUGACAACCAGGGAGCUACAGUCACGGUGCUGUAUAAUCCCCAGGGGUCGGUGUAUGGUGGGUAUGCUCCUGUAAGCUGGGCCAGUAGCGGCGGAUACGUGAAUAACACCACUGCCUUCUUGUAUCAGCUUAGAUUUAACGGAAAUGACAAAGAAACAAAAUUUACAUUAAAACCAGCAAAUUAUCAGUAUGCACUGAACCACAAUGCAGGCUACGGUCCAACUUUCGGUGGUGGUCAUGACCUCUAUUCCUUUGUAAACACAGUAAACAGCUCCGGUACAUACUUUACUCUGAACGGCUAUAUGAAGUUCGGACACAGUUACGACAUGCAGGGUGUUACUGCAGACCAGAUCAACAACGGUAAUGUAAACGUUACUGAACUCGAAGUGUACAAGGUUGCAGAUGGCAAGAGACAGAAAACAGUGGAAAAAGAAUGCAGUAAACCAUGGCGAAAGACGCGAGAUUGGAACGAGCAAUUUUUGAACGAACUUACUGAAGACAUUGUAGCGUUCAAACCACUUCCGGACUUAAAGGUGACAGAUGCCCGGAUCUUGAUAAUCGGUCCUGUUGGGGCUGGGAAGUCAAGUUUCUACAAUACUAUCAACUCUGUAUUCCGGGGCCGCAUCACACAGAAAGCAUGUAGUGGUAGCGCGGAGCAGAGUCUUACAACUGCUUACACACCUUACAAGGUGAAAGUGAAAUCUGGCGCGCCACUGAACUUCCGGUUGUGUGAUACACGUGGUCUAGAGGAGUCACAAGGUUUAGAUGUUCUCGAGUGUAACUAUCUUUUGGAUGGUAACAUUCCCAAUUACUACCAGUUCAACCCGACCACACUGAUUUCUCCGAAAACCCCCGGUUUCAAGGCCAGUCCUACUACCAAUGAUGUUAUACACUGUGCGGUGUUCGUGCUGGAUGCUACCACCCUCGAGGUUCUGUCAACGAAAAUCAUAGAAAAAAUGAAAGGCUUUCAAAACUUGAUGAAUCAGAAAGGAAUUCCACAGAUCAUACUACUCACUAAGAUAGACAAACUCUGUAAAAAUGUGGAGAAAGAUGUUUCGUUGGUCUUUAAGAGUCCGGAAGUGGAGCAGCACGUAGAAAAGGCCUCGCAACUUCUCGGACUACCACGUGCUAAUGUACUUCCGGUGAAGAACUACGAGAAUGAGAAUGAACUUGACGACAACAUAAGCAUCCUGGCAUUAUUGGCACUUCGCCAAAUUUUGUACUUUGCCGAAGAUUUUCUAGAUCAUAUGUUGGAUAAAAAGAACGAUGAACAGUCAGAAAUGGAAAAUCUGAAGAUUGAAAACUAAGUAACAAAGACUAUAAAACUUGGGGAAUUAUAAAUAUGCAAACAUUCUUUAUUAGUCCCCUACUGGUUGAAAACCAGUUUCGGGGACUAUAGGAAUGCACUUUUCCGUCAUUCCGUCCGUCCGUCUGUCCGUCCGUCCGUCCGUCCGUCUGUCCGUCCGUCCGUCCGUCCGCAAUUUCGUGUCCGGUCCAUAACUCUGUCAUCCAUGAAGGGAUUUUAAUAUUACUUGGCACAAAUGUUCCCCAUGAUGAGACGACGUGUCAUGCGCAAAACCCGGACCCCUAGCUCAAAGGUCAAGGUCACAAUUGGAGGUCAAAGGUCAACAGGGCUUUUUUCCUGUCCGGUCCAUAACUCUCCCAUCCAUGAAGAGAUUUUAAUAUUACUUGGCACAAAUGUUCCCCAUGAUGAGAGGAUGUGUCAUGCGCAAAUCCCGGACCCCUAGCUCAAAGGUCAAGGUCACAAUUGGAGGUCAAAGGUCAACAGGGCUUUUUUCCUGUCCGGUCCAUAACUCUCCCAUCCAUGAAGAGAUUUUAAUAUUACUUGGCACAAAUGUUCCCCAUGAGGAGACGACGUGUCGUGUGCAAAACCUGGACCCCUAGCUUAAAGGUCAAGGUCACAAUUGGAGGUCAAAGGUCAACAAGGCUUUUUUCCUGUCCGGUCCAUAACUUUCCCAUCUAUGAAGGGAUUUUAAUAUUACUUGGCACAAAUGUACCUCAUAAUAAGACGAUGUGUCAUGCACAACUUUCAGACCCCUAGCUCAAAGGUCAAGGUCACACUUAGCAGUCAAAUGUUAACAUAGCAUGAACAGGGUCUGUUUCGUGUCCGGUCCAUAACUCUGACAUUCAUUAAGGAAUUUUAAUAUCACUUAGCACAAGUGUUCCCCAUGAUGAGACGACGUGUCAUGCGCAAAUCCCAGACCCCUAGCUCAAAGGUCAAGGUCACAAUUGGGGGUCAAAGGUCAACAGAGUUUUUUUCCUGUCCCGCCCAUAACUCUGCCAUCCAUGAAGGGAUUUUAAUAUUACUUGGCACAAAUGUUCCCCAUGGUGAGACAACAUGUCAUGCGCAAAGCCCAGACCCUUAGCUCAAAGGUCAAGGUCACAAUUGGAGGUCAAAGGUCAAAAUGGUUUUUGCCCUGUCCGAUCCAGAACUCUGUCAUCCAUCAAGGGAUUACAAUAUUACUUGGCAUAAAUGUUUCCCAUGAUGAGACGACGUGUCAUGCGCAACACCCAAUACCCUAGCUUAAAUGUCAAGGUCACACUUUGAGAUCAAAGGUCAAGAGGAUUUUUUUCCUGUCCGGUCUAUAACUUUGUCAUGCAAAGCAGGAUUUAGAUAUCAGUUGGCACAAAUAUUCCCCUGGAUGAGACAACAUGUCGUGCGCAAGAACCAGGUCCCUAGGUCUAAGGUCAAGGUCAUAUUUAGAGGUCAAAGGUCAAAUUCAAGAAUGACUUUGUACGGGACAUUUCUUCUUCAUGCAUGGAGGGAUUUUGAUGUAACUUGGACCAAAUGUUCACCACCAUGAGGCACCCUUGUUUUUAGAAUUACGUCCCUUUGUUGUUACUAUAAAUAGAUUUUAUUGUAACUUUUUUAUUACUGGCGGUAGAGAAAAAUCGAGACCACUUUUCUGUGGUACAGCAUGCAUGUUACAUCCAAUUUUUAGGUGUAUUUUGACCUAUCUCUACCUGGUAAAGAGUUUCUUGUGGACUUGUAUUAUAUAGAUUUUUUUUUUUUUUUUUUUUUUUUAAAAGAUUAAUUUCCCUUUGUUGUUACUAUAAAUAACUUACAUGAUAACAUUUUUAUAAUCAGCCAAAAAAAUUCAAUAUGAAAACAACUGUAGGUUUUUAUAUAUAUAAAUUUUAAUCCAAGUGUUUUGUUAUAACAUAUUGUAUAUAUAGUACAAUAUUGUUUAUACAUCAUUGACAGAUAUCAGUUCAUUAUGUUAUACUGCAAUAGAGAAAAUUAGGUGCCUUCCAGUAGGGGACUUUGUAUUGUAUGGCAAUACUUCAUUCACUUGUUCAUAAUCAGAAAUUCAAAUCAAGCUUUGGACACAACUGACGAGUACAAUUAAGACUUGAUUAUGAAGACAUAUAAUACGUUUACAUGGCUGCGCCGGAGUAAUUUUAUUAUAUUAUCGAGCAGCGUUUGUGUAUAAAAAAACAACAAAAUGCUU